ACUUUUCCCUUUGCUUUCUUAAUAGGAUGAUUAUGGUAAGUGCUGUGAAAUGGGUGGAUGAGGUCAUCCCGGAUGCACCUUAUGCCAUCACUGAGGAUUUCAUGAACAAGCUUUUUAACGAGUACAACAUAGAUUACAUUAUUCAUGGAGAUGACCCUUGCCUUCUUCCUGAUGGUACUGAUGCUUAUGCUCUCGCUAAGAAGGCUGGUCGCUAUAAGCAGAUUAAGCGAACUGAAGGAGUGUCAAGCACUGACAUUGUUGGUCGUAUGCUUCUCUGUGUGAGAGAAAGGUCAGUUAAUGACAGCCAUAAUCAUUCUUCCUUGCAAAGGCAAUUCAGCCAUGGACACAGCCAAAAAUUUGAAGAUGGUGGAUCUGGUGGGACUCGAAUAUCUCAUUUCUUACCAACUUCUCGUAGGAUUGUUCAGUUCUCAAAUGGAAAGGGAGCAGGACCUGGUGCUCGUAUAGUUUACAUAGAUGGAGCUUUUGAUCUUUUUCAUGCUGGGCAUGUACAGAUACUGAAACUUGCUCGAGGGCUUGGAGAUUUUCUUCUUGUUGGGAUUCACACUGAUCAAACAGUCAGUGCUAAUAUAGGGGUGCAUCGCCCUAUCAUGAAUCUUCAUGAGAGAAGUUUGAGCGUUUUGGCUUGUCGAUAUGUAGACGAGGUGAUAAUUGGAGCUCCUUGGGAAGUUUCAAGAGACAUGAUUACAACCUUUAAUAUCUCAUUGGUUGUCCAUGGAACGGUUGCAGAAAAUAAUGAUUUCCAGAAGGGGAAAUGCGACCCAUAUGCUGUUCCAAUGAGUUUGAGAAUCUUUCGAGUGUUAGAUAGCCCUUUGGAUAUCACAACCACCACCAUAAUAAAAAGGAUCGUGUCAAAUCACGAGGCAUAUCAGAAGCGCAAUGAGAAGAAAGCUGAAAGUGAGCGGAGAUAUUACGAGGGAAAGACUUAUGUCUCAGGUGAUUGAUUGAAAAUGGUUGGCAGACAUCUCACUAGCUUUUGUGCCUACUGGGGGAAAUCUUUUCUUUUCUAGUAGAGGUCUAUUUGUAGUGUCUAGAUCACUAACCAAUCCAAUUGAGAUGAUAUUUGCAAACAGUAUAGAUCGUCGCAUAACAAGGUCAAUUGUAAUCGACGUUCUGAAGGAGGCGGAUUUUUCUUCCACCCAUACCCUACCCCCCCAUCCCCAUCCCCAUCCCCAUCCCCAUCCCGAUCCCCAUCCCGAUGAAAAAAAAAAAUUCCCAUCCACAUUUUGGUAUAUUAUGAGCUAAUUUCCCCGCUAAAUGUUGCUUGUAUUUGCCAUUUGUUGGUCAUUUUUGGUGUAUGAGUAUCCAACUGUAUUCAUUUUCUUA